GCCGGGCCGGGCCGGGCCGGGCGGGAGGCGCCGCGGAGCCGGGCCAUGGUGGGGAUCCCGGGGAGCUGCCAGUGCACUCUGAGGAUUGAAAAGAGCUUGUACUUGAGGAAGAGCUUGUGGAGUUGCCUCUGUUGGAAGCAGGACUGGAGUGGAAUAGUGAGCUGAGUGCUUUCCAUCGUCCUGAGCUGCCAAGGAGUCACAGGCACCUCGAGAGGCUGCCAUGAGCCACUGGAGGAGGGGGAACUGCUCAGGUUUCCCUCUUGCUGGCAGGGAUCAGAGGUGAACUCUUCCUUCAGAAGAAGGAGGUGUCUGUAAGACUCAACAAGUUGCUGGUGAGAAGAGGGUGCCAGUGAUGCCCGGAUCGCCCGUGGAAGUGAAGAUCCAGUCCAGGUCCUCUCCUCCCAACAUGCCGCCGCUGCCCCCCGUCAACGCCGGCGGCCCCCGGCCCGUGUCCUUCACCCCGACCGCACUGCCCAACGGGAUAAACCAUUCCCCCCCGACACUGAACGGGGCCCCAUCCCCACCCCAGAGGUUCAGCAAUGGCCCUUCCUCGUCCUCCUCCUCCUCGCUGACCAACCAGCAGCUCCCAGCCACGUGUGGAGCCCGGCAGCUCAGCAAGCUGAAGCGCUUCCUCACCACCCUGCAGCAGUUUGGGAAUGACAUCUCACCGGAGAUCGGGGAGAAGGUCCGCACCCUGGUGCUGGCGCUCGUGAACUCGACGGUGACAAUCGAGGAAUUUCACUGCAAGCUGCAAGAGGCGACCAACUUCCCCCUGCGGCCGUUUGUGAUCCCCUUCCUGAAGGCCAACCUCCCUCUGCUGCAGCGGGAGCUGCUGCACUGUGCCCGCGCUGCCAAGCAAACGCCCUCCCAGUACCUGGCACAGCACGAGCACAUCCUGCUCAACACCAACACCACGUCUCCCUCUGACUCCUCCGAGCUGCUCAUCGAGGUCAACGGCAAUGGCAAGAGGCACAGUCCAGACAGGAGGGAAGACAGCAGCUUUGAGAGGGAGUCGCUGCCGACAGAGCCUCCAGCCAAGAGGGUUUGCACCAUCAGCCCCGCGCCCCGGCACAGCCCUGCCCUCACCAUCCCCCUGAUGAACCCCAGCGGGCAGUUCCACCCCACCCCGCCGCCCCUUCAGCACUACACCUUGGAAGAUAUUGCCACCUCCCACCUCUACAGGGACCCCAGCAAGAUGCUGGAGCACAGAGAGAUCCGGGACAGGCACGGCGGGCUUGGAUUGAAUGGAGGCUACCAGGACGAGCUGGUGGAUCACCGCCUGACAGAGAGGGAGUGGGCGGAUGAGUGGAAGCAUCUCGAUCACGCCCUGAACUGCAUCAUGGAGAUGGUGGAGAAGACGCGGCGCUCCAUGGCGGUGCUGCGGCGCUGCCAGGAGGCCGACAGGGAGGAGCUCAACUACUGGAAGCGGCGCUGCUCCGAGACGGCCGAGGCGCGCAAGGCGGGCGCGGAGCUGCUGAGCCGCCAGCACAGCCCCGCCAGCGCCGACUCUGCGGGCAGCGCAGAUUCCCUGCGGGAGUUCAGCAGCAGGUCGGGGACGGGCUACGUCACGGAGGAGAUCUGGAAGAAAGCCGAAGAAGCUGUGAACGAGGUGAAGCGCCAGGCCAUGUCGGAGGUGCAGAAGGCGGUGGCGGAGGCGGAGCAGAAGGCGUUCGAGAUGAUCGCGUCGGAGCGGGCGCGCAUGGAGCAGACCAUCGCCGACGCCAAGCGCCAGGCCACCGAGGACGCCUUCCUCGUCAUCAACGAGCAGGAGGAGUCCACAGAGAGCUGCUGGAACUGCGGCCGCAAGGCCAGCGAGACGUGCAGCGGCUGCAACAUCGCGCGCUACUGCGGCUCCUUCUGCCAGCACAAGGACUGGGAGAGGCACCACCGCAUCUGUGGGCAGGGCCUGCACGGGCAGAGCAAGCCCCUGGCCCUGCCCACGGGCCGGGUGGCGGCGGCCAAGAGCCUCGAUGGCAUCCCCAGCCCAGCCCUCGAGAAGACCUCGGCCACCACCUCGCGCUCCUCCACGCCGGCCUCCGUGACAGCCAUAGACACAAACGGCCUCUAGGAGGGAGGCUCUGCUCCCCUCCACUGGAUGAGUUCCCUGGGUGUUUUUAAGCUGAAAACCCUCCGCAGCAACUGUUAUCACUUGACAUAUUCGACACAUCUCGCCGCCUCCUCGGAGCACCGACGCUCCGGGUUUGCCCUCUCAUCCUGCCUUUUCCUCUGUGGCUGGUGAACAGGGGUGAGCCUCGCCUGAAGCACCUCUCUGCUCCUCCCGGGGGACACCAGAGCAGUGUCAGGACCUGGGGGACACUGAGCACCUGCUCGGGGGACCUGGACUGGCGGGAGAGCACUGGCACAUGCCAGAGGUGCUGAGAGUGUGGUGCCCAAGUGGGGAGCCCUGUCCUUGUGGCAUGCUCAGGCUCACUUGCCAAGGUGUCACAGCCACCACUGCCUCCUCCUGCCACCUUUCCUCUAUCAUAUCCAGUGUUUUUUCCCCCUCCUCCCAGACAGCUGUGCCUCAGGUGGCCGUGCUGGCCGGUUGUUGCUGUGAACAGACCAGAGCCAAUUUCCCAGCGGGAGCAUCUCAUCCUCUGUGCAAUGGCAAAAGCUGAGCCCACUUCUCCUGCCUCCAGGCUGGCAGCUGAGGGUUGCAGAGGGGGAGGAGAGGAUUUGUCUGCUCUAAAACAAGUGGUGGUGGCAGGGAGGUACUGCUGGACGGCCUGGAUUUCAUCCCGGUGUGUGGUGAGGCAGACAGUUGGGUGUUUCCUGGCGUGCUGGGGGAACACGUGCACAGCAGAUCUGGGCUGGGUGCAGGUGCCCUUUCCACCUGGGGGCCGUUGUUUUGUUGUUUUCACUGCCUGGAAGCUGCUGGUUUGUGAGUUCCUGCUGUUGUUUUUCAGCCCAGGGAUCCUCACUGGUGCAAGGGGUUGUUCACAGCCUGUGCUCUCCACACACACCAGGCACAGUGGUAAAAGAAAGGCAGGACUGGGUGUCCUGUGUUGAUUCUUGUCCCCAGCUCCAGGGGGUUCCUGCAGUGCUGAUGGAGAUGCCCAGGGAUGUGCAUCCUCCUUUGGAGUUUGUCCCAGGAGCUCAGAGUGACGCCCCGUGGGGAUGGGGGCCAGCCUGGGAGAUGUGUCCAUGGCAGAGCUGCUGCUGUGCUGUGGAAGGAGGGACUGGAGGGGCUCAGGGCAGUCCUGGGAGUGUCCCAGGCAGCAGGGCUGUCCCAGGAGUGCCACAGAGGGUGGCAGUGGCACAGCCCGUGGGAGGGAGAGGAUGUGGCCUCCAGGGGCUGCUCCCAAAUCCCACAGCCACACACAGGGCUCUAGAAAUCCAUCUCUUCAGCAGAGCCUGACUGUGUGUGUGCCACUGGGCUGGAGCCCAAUGAGGUGAGUAAUUCCCAGAUUAUUUUUGAUCCCCUUUUCAAUUGGAGGCGAAUAAUGGAGCUGCAGUGAGUGGUCACAGCACUGCUAGGGGGAGGGGGGACCUGCUGCCCCUCAGGAAGGCUCCUGGGGAAGCUGCUGUUGUGGGAUAGACCUGGUGAUCCCCUGUCCACAAGGUUCCUGGUGCUGAAGACAGCUCCAGUGGCCCUGGGGGUGUCUCCCCUGUGUCCCCAGGGUGCUGGAGCCCAGUGGGGGUGGCACUGGAGCCACCCUGAACUGCAGCAGCCCGUGCUGGGGCUGUUCACUGCAGGGCAGUCAGGAAGGGAUCUCCUGCCCUAAGGGACAGGGACACGUUUGGAACAGCCUCAGGUCGAUCCCACGUGGUUGUGGUGUCCCCUCCUCACCUGCAGCCCCAGGUUCAGGCUGUGGGUGCGUGGUGGCAGUGCCAGGGCGGGGUGGGCAGGGAGAGCAGGGCAGGGCAGGAAGGAGUUGCUUGUAAAUAGAUUUGUCUUCCAUAAUUCUCAUGCGACAUUGAUGGCUGUGUAUUACAAUUAACCCCGGUGUAAAUGAAUGAAAUACUAACAGUCAUGAUUAGAAUGAUUGCUUCUUUCUUUUUGGUUGGGUUUGUUUUUUAAAAGAUGGAAUGAUAAAUGUGAACUUGGGGCGUGGGGAGACAUUGGGUUGAGGUUUCUAUUUUUUUUGACAUUUAAUUCUGUAAUAGAAAUUUGUUACUUCAUUCCUCUGCAUAACUUAUUUAAUGUCCUGUAUAAAGGAACCCAAACUGUUACAGAUGUAUUUAGUUUGUUCUACUCAAAAGUAGUCAAUAAAAAGACUAUAUUCAUC